AAUGUCUUAUUUCGAAUGUAUCUUUUGUUGUGAAUCGGAAAAUAGGGAUUUCCGUAAAAUAACUAAAAAAUGUACACAUCAUGCCGUUAUUUGUGCGGAAUGUGUUAACGAAUACAUUAAAGGUCAAAUCGAUAGUAAAAAUAUCCUUGAAUUUAAAUGUCCUAUGAAUGACUGUAAUGAAAUAAUGAAAAGACAUGAUGUUAAAAAUUUCACAACGAAUGAUAUUUUUAAAGAAUAUGAUGAGCUUACUUACAAUAUUGUGAUCCAACGGGACCCUGAUUUCAGAUGGUGCAAAGCUCGUUGUGGAGUUGGACAAAUACAUACGGGAAAAGAUAUUUCACCGAUUAUAAUCUGUUAUAAUUGUGGUGUAAAGUCAUGUUAUACUCAUGAUGUUACCUGGCAUGAGGAUCAAACUUGUGAAGAAUACGAUGAAAAUAUGAAAAAACCCGAUGAAUAUUUAUCACAAAAUACGAAGAAAUGCCCCAAAUGCUCUUUAUCUAUUGAAAAAAAUAAAGGAUGUGACCAUAUGACCUGUGAUAACUGUAGAUAUGAAUUUUGUUGGUCAUGUUUACGCGAAUAUCCUUGCCGUCUAAGUCAUUAAUAAAAUUCUAUCAUGCGAUUAUUUUUACGAUAUCCGUAAUGACACAUAUCCUCUAGCUUUGAGUACAUGCGAAAAUGCAGACACAGCCAUUCAUACUAUUAAAAUGUAUUAUUUUUUGGUUAACUGAACAUAU